AUGCAGGCAAUAAUGAAGGAUCCAGAGGAUGAAACAGAGAUGCACAUUGUCUACGCGAAUCGCACAGAGGACGAUAUAUUUCUCAAAGAUGAACUUGACGAAUUGGCUGAGAAGUACCCUGAAAGAGUAAAAGUCUGGUAUGUUAUUGAAAAAGCAAUACAGGAAGGAUGGAAAUACAGCUUGGGAUUCAUCACUGAGGAUAUCUUGAGGGAGCACCUUCCUGUGGGUUCAGAUACAAUGCUUGCGCUGACUGGCGGUCCGCCUCCUAUGAUUCAGUUUGCCGUAAAUCCUAACUUGGAGAAAGUAGGUUAUGAUAUCAAGGAUUCAUUAUUGGUGUUUUGA